AUGGAGAUGUUGCAAGAGGUGUCUUCUACCAUCCCUGGGUGGAACAAUAGUGAUAUAUCUUAUAUCACCUUCGAUGCCACAAAAGGGCAGCUACCUCGUCGCCAAUCACUGGACGGCUAUGAUGCUGUCGUGAUUACUGGUUCUGGAGCCGGAGCAUAUGACACUGAUUCAUGGGUGCUGAAACUUGUUUCGUUUGUGGCGGAAAUAUACAAAGAUAGACCUGAUAUGAAGCUACUUGGCAGUUGUUUUGGCCAUCAGGUCAUUUGCAAUGCCAUUUUCAAGGCAUCUGAAGAUGGUCCGGCACAAACCGACCUUCCUCCCGUCGUUUCCCGAAAUCCUAAGGGAUGGGAGCUUGGAAUUCAGCUGGUCAAACUGUCACCCGAGUUCCUCGCAAGGUUCGGACCGGUGGGCUCAAAUCCCGAUUCCCCUUCGGAGAUGCGGCUUCAGCUCGUCCACCAAGAUAGAGUAAACGCUAAGUCCAUAACAAAGGCCUUUGUGAGAGUGGGACAAACCGAACUCUGCGAUGUCCAAGGCAUAUAUAAACCGGGACGCGUAUUUAGCCUUCAAGUGCAUCCAGAGUUCAACCCAGAGAUCGCGAUAGAGUGCCGCAAACCCAUCGUGGAGGAGACUGAGUUUGAGGGUAUCAUAAAGAAUGGGUCUGGUGGUGAUGAUCACCUUUACGCUGCUUGCGCUAUUCUGGAGUUCUUGCGUGAGGAAGUUGCUGAGGAGACGGUGGCUAUGGAGGAAGUCACAGAGGAGGAGGUGUUUGGGAAGGGUGCUGUGUGA